AUGGAGCUGGACAGGGCACAGAUAUCCCUGCUGGUGCUGCUGGCCAAGCUGGGACUUCUAGCUCAAACCUUGCUGUUCUCGCAGGUCAAGGCUGCCAUACGCCACCAGGGUACCAGAUCCCCCCUGGGCACGAUGUCUGUGCGCAUCUCCCAGACAGCACUGCCGCCUCCUUCUUUGCGUUAUGCUCCCAGCAGCCUCCUUCGAGCUUUCACUCCCAACAGCAUCACCUGCUCCUCCUUGCUGGAGGACAGCCCUCAUGCUGCUGGAACCUGCUUUGCCUGUAUGUGCCCGGAGUCGGAAGCAGGGGGGAAGCAGCAGCCCCCAGGCCUGUCAUUCCCGGGCCAGCAGCUGCUUCUCACCCUCAGCCUGGCAUUCCCACUGGUGACUAAGGUCUGUCUGCCUGGCACCUGGCAGUGGUCCUGCCCAAAAGCUGCGCUCACUUCACAGGGCUCCUCCCACCUGAACUGGGCCCUGUCCUUCUCCACGCUGGCAGCCACGGCAGCUGCAGCUGCCCGCCGGGCAUCCCAGCCCUUCCGCAGCGAGAGGUGGAGCCGGAGGCUGGGUUGUGGGCUCCAGGGGCUUUCACCCGCCUUUGGUGUCCCCCAGGCCCUGGUGGACGAUACUGAGGAUGUGUCCCUGGAUUUUGGCAACGAAGAGGAGCUGGCGUUUCGGAAAGCCAAGAUCAGGCACCCGGUGGCCACGUUUUUCCACCUGUUUUUCCGAGUAAGUGCCAUCAUCACCUACGUGGGCUGUGACUGGUUCAGCAGAAGCUUCGUGGGCUGUUUUGUCACCGUGCUUCUCCUCCUGUCCUUUGACUUCUGGUCUGUGAAGAAUGUAACCGGACGACUCAUGGUGGGCCUUCGCUGGUGGAACCAGAUCGACGAAGAUGGGAAAAGCCACUGGAUUUUUGAAGCCAGAAAGGCCUCUCCAAAUACCGUGGCUGCCACAGAGGCGGAAGCUCGGGUCUUCUGGCUCGGCCUCAUCAUCUGCCCCAUGAUUUGGGUCGUGUUCUUUUUUAGCUCCUUAUUUUCCUUGAAGCUCAAGUGGCUGGCCCUCGUCAUAGCUGGGAUUUCUCUCCAAGCCGCUAACCUGUACGGCUACGUCCUUUGUAAGAUGGGAGGCGAGAGUGACAUCAGCAAAAUCACAGCCAGUUUUCUGUCCCAGACGGUGUUCCAGACGGCCUGUCCAAGAGACUUCCAGAAGCCUGGCCUUGAGGGGCUGGAGAUUCACAAAUAUUAG